AGCGGCGGCCGGAGCAAUGGCCAUUUUUAGUGUGUAUGUGGUCAACAAAGCUGGUGGCCUCAUCUACCAGCUAGACAACUAUGCGCCACGGGCAGAAACGGAGAAGACAUUCAGUUACCCGCUUGAUCUGCUGCUGAAGCUACACGACGAGCGUGUGCUGGUUGCCUUCGGCCAGCGCGAUGGCAUCCGGGUGGGACACGCAAUUCUGGCGAUCAAUGGAAUGGACGUGAACGGCAAGUACACGGCCGACGGCAAAGAGCUGCUGGAGUACCUGGGCAACCCUGCUAAUUACCCGGUGUCCAUUCGAUUCGGACGACCCCGCCUCACCUCUAACGAGAAGCUCAUGCUUGCCUCCAUGUUCCACUCGCUCUUUGCCAUCGGUUCCCAGCUGUCUCCUGAGCAGGGCAGCUCAGGCAUUGAGAUGCUGGAGACAGACACAUUCAAACUGCACUGCUUUCAGACAUUGACAGGGAUCAAGUUUGUGGUGCUUGCAGAUCCUAGGCAAGCAGGAAUUGAUUCCCUUCUUCGAAAAAUUUAUGAGAUUUACUCAGAUUAUGCCCUCAAGAAUCCGUUCUACUCCCUGGAAAUGCCCAUCAGAUGUGAGCUGUUUGAUCAGAACCUGAAGCUAGCCCUGGAGGUAGCAGAAAAGGCUGGGACUUUUGGACCUGGAUCAUAG